AUGGCCGCCAAAGCAGUGGAUAAGGUGGGUAAGACCGCGUUGCGGUAUUUUCUGGGAACAUGCGUGCCUUCGUCGAAGCAGAAUGCCGCCAAAGUGAGAGUACCGCAAUUACAAUUUGAUAAUUACAUUCAUAUGUACUUCAAGGAAAACGAAUUUGUUUAUGCCCAUGAUCCGAAGAAGUUGUGUAAAACCGGUGAUGUAAUUUUGAUAAAAACAUUACCGCAGAAAUUAACACGUCUGAUCACACACGAGGUUGUCGAAGUGAUAUAUCCUCUAGGCGAUAUAGUAGAUCCAGUCACAGGAAAGAAAAUUGUUGCAUGUAGAUAUAGGGAAGAUAUAGAAGAAGUGAGCAAAUUAUAUGGCAAAAAAGACUCGACCUUUGAUUAUUCGAAAGCACCACGAAGAGGAAGACUAGAAGGCACACGAGACUUCACUCAUAAGAAGAUAUAUCUGAAAUACUAUAAUAAUCCUGAUGACCCACAAUUAGAUACUUACUAGAUAUUAUGUUACUGUUCCAACAGUAACAUAAAAAAUAUAAGAUAUUAUAUUGUGAAAUUCGAUAAUUAAUAAAUUAUAAAUAUUCAAUAGAGAUACUGUACAUUGCAAAUUGUAAGUACUACAAGUUUUUAUUUUCAAAUUUUCAGAUACAUUCUGGGAUCUCAAUACAAAAGCUUGCUUGGAAUUAUCAAUGUUAAUAUGAUAGCUCUAAAAAUAUUAGAAAAUAACUUUUAUUUUCUAAUUAUAUAUAUAUAUAUAUAUAUAUACAUAUACAUAAAGAUAAAAUCAGUUUUCGACAUAUUUUCUUGCAUGAGAAAAAAUUCGCAAAUAUUCAAUGGCACAUGUGUUAUUCACAGUGCUAUAAUGCUAUUCACAAAUUACUUUUGAAGAACAAUAAUUACUUUGUUACAAUUAAUCAUGCUUUUAAAUAUAUGUGCAAAAUUUAAAAAUCCAAUAGAUCUAUUGCUCGAUAUUAUAGAAGGAAUUGAUUUUCUAUUUUUAAAGAUUCUUGUUUCAUAGAUCAACUAUUUCAAUCUAUUCUUUCGAAAUCUUUAAUAUUUCUAUAAUAUCUUGCUGACUUCAUCAGAGUAUACAAUAAUGUAACGUUUUAUUAUCAAUAACCCUGCCUCGGUUAUCGAACUUGAAAUUUAUGAAUAACAUAAAACAUCCUGAGUUAAUCAUUAAAGAGAACUACUUAUAUUCAAACA